AUGAUGUGCAGAGAACGCCGAUCGUGGACUGAAGAAGAAGACGACCUCCUCCGCAAUGCAGUGAAGAAAGAGGACCCGGACGGGAACCCCCCAUCGAAAUGGCACCAAAUUGCCAAGCACGUUCCCAAUCGGACGAACAAAGAUUGUCGGAAACGUUGGUUUGCGAAAAUGGCGUCCAUCGUGUCAAAGGGUGGUUGGUCAACUGACGAAGACGAACGGCUGAUUGAAGCCGUCCGCAAACAUGGUACAAGUAGAUGGUCUCUAGUGGCCGCCAUGGUUCAAACAAGAAAUAACGAUCAAUGUGCGAAACGUUGGAGUGACACACUCAACCCCGAUAUUGACCGCACUGUUUGGUCACCUGAAGAAGACGCCCAACUGCUUGACGCCGUGCAAACAAUGGGGAAGUCGUGGACAAAAAUCGUCAAGACGUAUUUCCCUGGCCGGACUGGGCUUUCAGCGAAGAACCGUUAUAGCCGCAUUAUGAGAAUAAGCGCCGACAGCAGCAAAGGCAUACGGUCAAGGCGACGGUCACUGAGUUCUGCGCCCUAUCAUCCAAGACACUGCUCACCGACGUCGGUAUCAUCGUGUUCAGACACCGCUUCGAGAGUCAGCCCUGCAGUCGAUCCUUCGUUCCCGUGCAUCCCGGAUGUGCCUGAGUGCCCUCCUACAAGCGCUCUUUCAACCUCAUUGGAGGGAUUGGCGUUCCCUACCGCUGAUAACGGCGACAUGAAAGUUGCUGUCGGCUCAGUUCCCCCUGAGUUCCUUAAUAUGGCAAGCCAUACACCCGAUUCAUCCACCUCGCCAAGUACAUCAUCCGAAAGCUGCCCCUCCCUCGAUGCCUUGAUGAACGAGCUCAAUGCAUCCAUGGCCUUCGACUCACUGACGACACACGCCGGACACAAUGACCUUUCACUGCCUUUACACUCUAACUUGUCUGAUUCAAAUCUAUUCGACCCGCAAUGCAUGCAGAUGUCAUGGCCAGCGGAGAACUUGGCGUCAUCCUCCGCGCAGAAUUCUUUCGCGCCCACGCCACAAUCACUACCUAGUUCACCGUUCGACUUUUCAUUUUCGUCGAUUGACGGCACCUUCCCCGGAUCCUUCUCGAUGGCGCCCUCUCCAGCGUCGCCACCCUCUGUCGAUACGAUGCCAUCACCGUCUAGCGCAACAUCACCGUCCUCAACCGGGAUUCUUAGCCCCAUCACUCCGCAAUCGACAAAUGAAUUAGAACAACAGCAAAUCAACAGCCACGACGACUUGAUGGCCAUGCUCCAGGGUUGUUCGGACGUCGCAGACUUCCAGAUGGCAGGGCCGAACGGUCUCAUUACCGCCCGUGUAGAUCAGUCACGAAACGAAAAUCGCAUGGCCGUGGCCGUGGCCGUGGCUAUGUGUGAACCACGAGAGUUCCAAAACACUGUUCAUACAUUAGUGAAUGGUUUAUGGGGUAGCCUGUGUCCGCCCGCCCCCCAAAACCCCAAUACUCCCUCUUGA